GUUACAAAAACUUGAGAAAAUUAUUUCAUGGCCAACCGACUGCUUAAAUAAAUUUGAAUGGAGUAUACCUAAUUACACGAAAUCUCCCAAUAAAAUUUAAUAAUCCUGAUAAACCAUUCAAUUGAAAAUUCAAAUGAAAUUUGAAUUUAUAGUAUCAGUUUCGUUUGUUACCAUUGCCAUGCAAACUAAAAUGGUUAUGGGACUUCGUUUGAUCCUUUCCAUGUUUUACAUCAAUUUCGCUGCGUCUCUUCUGAUGGGCUAUUCGGGAGACGACAAGUUUUUUGAUUUGGUAAAUAAAGAUUUAACAAUUGCUCAUAGAGGUAACUGUUAAGAAGAUUAACAGAAUAUACAGUGAACACAGAACUGAUGGUAGACAACUGAAUUUUUGAAUAUUUGAAUCCUUCGGACAUUGGGAUAUGUGAAGAAUAGGCUAAUUUGAACAUAUGUGAAAAUUUUUAUAUAAUAAAGGAUAAUCAUAAAAAUCAA